CAGAGCACUUAACGUCUACUGGGUUACGAAAACAUUUACAAAGAUAAUAAAUAUUACUGGAAAUAUUAUAAAAGAUGCAUUGCAGAGACACAGAUAGAAGUGCACUUCUUCUAACGGCAGCAACACGACUUGUUUUCUACGUGGCGUGCUCUCGACGUCACAGAACUUCUUUACAGGUCAUUUCAGUUGCUACUUUUCUUGAAAGCAGCUUAACAACACAUCGAUCCUGAUGGGAAAUCUUGGUGCGUUCAUCGUGUUGUUUUGUUUUCUCGUCGAAAUGAAUGGUGUUCCUCUUUCAAGGAAGGUACAGUUUUCGAAUCAAGCUGAUGGAUGUAAGCAGAUAAUGGAUAUCGCGAUACUGGCUGAUAGAUCACGAAGUAUGUCGAGCGAUAAUCGCCUGGAUUUGAUAAAGGCCGUCAAUACGUUGGUGGACGAGCUUGGAGUGUCUGAAACAGGCAAUCACUUUGGUUUUGUCACUUUUGCUGUUAACGCAAUACUCCACAGCAACUUCUCAAACCCGUUUUACUACAAUGCUAACAACUUGAAGAGUAAAAUGGAGAAAGAAGUAAAGUUCACACCAGAUAGAGAUUCGACUCGUACAGAUUUGGCAAUGCAGCUGACCGAGAACGAGCUGUUUAUCAGAGAUGGAGGACACAGAGCCAAUGCCAGGAGUGUUCUACUUCUCCUUACUGAUGGAAGACCGGUGUUUGUUAACGAAGCAUGGGACAAGAGACCCCAAAUUCCAACUUCGAGAAUAACCAAACUAUUGGAGAAAAAAAAUGUCAGUAUCAUUAUCAUUGGAGUUGGUCCAGCCGCAAAAAACUUCAAGGACGAAAUGGAAGAGUUGGCUGGCAAUAAACGCCAAGUGAUCCUUUUUGACAGCUUUGAAGAACUCACCAAAAGGAUCGUAACCGAAUUUAAAAGCAAAUCGUGUGAUCGACCGUCAGAUCCACCCGCAACAAAGCCUCCAGCUCCUGCAGCAAUUGGACAGUCAGCAAAGGCCCCAACUCAAGCAAAUCCACCAGCAACAAAGCCUCCAGCUCCUCCACCAAUUCGACAAUCAACAAAGGCCCCAACUCAAACAAUUCGACAAUCAACAAAGGCCCCAACUCAAGCAAGGAAAACUGAUCCUAUUUUGUGUCCAACGGAAGUCGCAUUUAUCUUAGACUCUUCGAACAGCAUUAAAGAUGAAGAUUUUAACGAUGAGAAGGAGAUCGUCAAGAAGAUAGUGAUUGAUUUGGACAUAGCAUCGGAUAAAAAUCGAGCUGCGCUGGUUCUUUUCGGUACCUCGCCCACUCUGGAAGCUCGACUUGGACAAUAUGAGACAGCUUACAGAUUCCAGGAAGUUUUGGAGAAACUACCCAAAAUGGGCGAAAGAACACGAAUCGACAGAGCCCUGAACGUUGCAGAAAAUCAGAUCUUCCCAGAAGCCAGACAGGGCGUGUAUAAGAUUGCGAUAAUACUAACCGAUGGGGUCCAGUCUACUGGAGCCCAAGGCCUAAGACGAUCCUCGAAGCCCUUGCGGGACGCAGGCGUUCGUGUGAUUGCGGUGGGUAUUGGCGUUGGUAAGCGGGAGCGUAGACUACGACUAAUGACAGAUCGUGAUGAAGAUGUCGUGGAUACAAAGAGCAUCCAAGGACACUUGCAGAAGAUACUUGAUGACCUAAGGCAAAAUGGCUGCAAUCUACCACCGAAGCCCCCUACUCAGCAAAAAUGCGAGGAUGAGCCUAAUUACCAACGCGGAUGUAGAAAGAAAACCAAAACCAAAAACAAACGGUUUUGUUGGGACCAUCAAGACUUUUCUUUCAUACAUUGCCGGAAGUCUUGUGAGCUUUGCCCUUUGUCUUGAAGCGUCUUAGUGGCAGCCAUGAAAAAA